AUGAAACUUUAUUACCGAAGGGUUGUGAAUGUGGUGAAGGAAUUGGAGCCAAAACUGAGUUCCGUUACUCUGUCAUGUGAUAUCCAUCAAUCACAAAAGCCAAAGAAUAAUGAUGCCAAAACCAUCGAUGUUCAACUUGCCGUGUUAACGAGUGAAAUGGAAAAAGUAUAUUCAUCAAACACGUGGUUUUCAUCGUUAAAGAAUGCACUUGAAUCGGGUACUGUGAAUGUGAAUAGCAAAUGGAUAACUAGUGAGUGA